GCAACCCGGAAGUGGCGCUGCCGCCGCUGGCGCCGCGCUAAGAUGGCGGACGCGAUGGCGCCCAAGCGCAAGUACUGCGUGAACUGCCUGGCGGACGCGACCGCGGUGCGCGUUCGCUGCGCCGACUGCCCCGACAUCGAGCUCUGCCUCGAGUGCUUCGCGUCCGGGGCCGAGCUGGGCACGCACCGCCGCGGUCACGCCUUCAGGCUGGAGGACGCGGGCACCUUCCCACUUUUUGACGACCCCGGUGCCCCAGGCCCCCGCGCCCCACCCUGGUCGUGCCUCGAGGAGCAGCAGCUGCUGGAGGCCGUGGAGCAGCACGGGCUGGGCAACUGGGCCGACGUGGGGGCCCACGUCAACGCCGCCUGGUGCUCCGCGAUGGGGGGCCCCACCGGCACGGGCGGGGGAGGGGGCCCCGGGCCCGGCGUGGGCGGCGGAGGAGGAGGCAGCGGGGGAGGAGGGACCCCGGCGGGGGCCGCGUCGGGCGGAGGGCCCGGCGCCCGCUCGCCCGCGGACGUGGCGCGCCACUUCAUGGCGGCCUACGUGUACGGCAGCGUGGGGAGGGCUUGCGUGCCGGAGGUCUCCCCCAACCGUGUGACCGACCACACUGCGCCUGAGCCCCCCGUGGACCGUGGGGGCGGUGGCUCAAGCUCCCCUCCGCCGCCGCCGGUGCCCCCCAUCUCCGCGGAGGAGCAGCAGACGCUGGGGUACAUGCCGCUGCGCGACGACUUUGAGAUGGAGUUCCUCCCGCACGCCGAGACGCCCGUGUCGGAGCUGCCCUCCUUUGAGCCCGACGAGGUGGCGCUCGUCACGGAGGCGGCCCGCUCCUCCUCAUCCUCGUCGUCAGCAGCAGCCCUCGAUCACCACGACGGCGCACAGCUGCUGGAGCUGGAGCUGAAGAUGGCGGUGGUGUGUGCCUACGUCCGCGCGCUGCACCAGCGCGAGCUGCGCAAGGCGGCGGCGCGCGAGUACGGCCUGGUGCAGGCCUUCUUCGGGCGGCCGUGCGCGCUGCAGGCCGCCUACGCCGCCACCACCGCCCAGGGCGCCGGCGCCAGCCCUCCCACGGCGGCCUCGGGCGGCGGGACCCAAGCGGCGUCGGCGUCUCAGGAGCCGCCAGCCAAGCGCAAGAUGGCCAAGGAGGAGAAGGAGCUGCUGCACAAGCUGCGGCCGCUGUGCCGCCUCGUGCCGGCGCGGGAGUUUGUGGAGCUGCUGGAGGGCGCACGGCGCGAGCGUUGCCUGCGGGAGCGCGUGCGCGAGCUGCAGCGUGCGCGUGCCCGCAGCGGGGUGCGCCGACUCGACGACUUUGCGGCGCUGCGCCGGAACAAGCGCCGCUUCGGACAGGCGCAGCAGCAGCAGCAGGGCGCCGGGUCGGGCACCAGCGGGCACAAUGGGCGCGAGCGAGCGGACGCAGCGGCGGCCGACGCGGAGGCGGAGGAUGCUUGUGGUUACGCCCGAGCUCUGUCGGAACGCGAGUCGGCGCUGUGCUCCUCUAUGAACCUGUCGCCGGCGCGGUAUGUCACCGCCAAGACCAUCGCUGUGCUGCAGAGCUCCACGCACAGGCACGCGCGCAGGCUGCAGCAGCAGCAGCAGCAGCAGGCGCAGCAGCAGGUGCUGGGUCAGCAGCAGCAGCAGCAGCAGGGCAAGGGCCGCUCACAGGGAGCAGUGCCACUGGGACAAGGAGCGUUGCCGAUGCUGCUGGAGAAAGCCGUGAGGAAGAAACUCAUGGGGUUCCUCGGCCGCAGCGGCUGGGUCGGAGGGGCGGGGGGCAGGGAGGUGCUUGUCCCCCCGCAUCUCCGCAUCCCCCGUGCCUCAACGUCUCAGCCGUGGUGGUCGUCGCGUUCAGGCCACUCAAGGCCUCCUCAUCCUGCCGAGUUCUGGUCAACGCGAGUCUCCAAAUCUUCCCGCUGGAGACCUCCCCGAGACCCAGAGCGAUCUACCGAGCGCCGCAGAGAGACAUCUGCUCUCGCGCGAGACACGUGUGAGAGGAGACCGAUCCGUCAUUCAUAAUUCUUGCUUCUCAGUAACUGACCAUGGAGGUCACUGUUUACUACCGUCGCUACCCAUGGA